AUGCUUCCAGCCGCAAUGGACCCGUCCCAACACGGCCAUGACAGCGGCGAGCCUGUGUCAGCACAGACAAUCACGAUCCCGAUCAAGUUCGAGGAGAUAUCUUGCACUAUUUGUGGAAAUUUCCAGCUCUUACGCGAAACGAGCAACACUGUGGUUGCUCUUUUGCAUUUGGAUCAUGCUUCCUCGAACCAAAUUGCAAGAUUCAGGGGGGUCACUGGGUAUGACAGCGAUGCGCAUGAACAGCCCGGUAACCUUCACAAAACAACCACAUCGGUGACAAAAGUCAUUGUCAAGAGCUUCAAAGACGUUCAGGUGUUUUCCGACGAGGUCGAGGCGUACAGGAGGAUGCGCAGCAUCCAAGGGACCAUUGUGCCAGACUUUUAUGGGCCCGGCGAAGUUGACGGACUCCCUUCUAUUGUGCUAGAGUAUAUCGUCGGGUAUGACCUCUGCACGUAUCAGACCACUCUGGAGAACCUGCCAAAACUCGCUAGAGCAGUCGAGAACUGCUCGGUAGCCAUCGCGAAAUGUGGAGUUGUUCAAUGGGAUCCCAGGCUAGACGGUGUAAUUGUGGUCCGGCCUCCGACUCCAUGGUUGACUAUCAAGAUGAUUGAUUUCUCUCACGUCGAGUUUGACAAGAGUUUCGCCAUUGGGAUGAGCAAAGGGGGCAGCAAUUUCCUCAUUAGACGAUAUGCCGAGCUCAUGGGCUGGUCAUGGUCUAUAAACGCCAAGGAUUAUUGA